AGAGAGAAAGAAAGAGUGAGAGGAGGGAAAAGAAAGAACGAAAGAGGGACAGGGAGAGAGAGAGAGAGUGUGUGUGUUAGAACCCACCUACCUAACUUCAUUCGGUUUUCGAAGUCCUGUAUUACUUAAAACUCUGAGAAACUCAUUAUUUCAACAACGAUGGCUACUGUAUUUCCAGCCCCUGAUUUCAGUGCUGAAGCUGCUGCUGAAGGACUCCGAAAAGCCAUGAAGGGUUUUGGUACUGAUGAAGCAGCGAUUAUUAAGAUAAUGACUUCUCAUAGUAACCAACAACGACAAGAAAUAGAAAAAGUAUUCAAAGCAAUGUAUGGAAAGGAUCUUCGAAAAGAAAUAAAAUCUGAAAUUGGGGGACAUUUUGAAGAUGUUAUCAUGGCCCUUAUGGAUCCACCACGAGUCUAUGAUGCAAAAGAACUCAAGCGUGCAAUAAAAGGACUUGGAACUGAUGAAGAUGCUCUGAUAGAGAUUCUUCUCACUAGAAAUAAUGAAGAGCUGGCAGAGAUUAAGGAACAUUUCAAGAAAUUAUAUGGUGAUCAAUUGGAAGAUGCCAUUAUUUCUGAGACCAGUGGUCAUUUGAAACGCAUUCUUGUUUCUCAAACUACUUGUGCCCGUAGCACUGACAUGAAUGUUGAUGCAGCUCUUGCUAACAAGGAUGCUCAAGAACUUUAUGAUGCAGGAGAAGGUAAAUUUGGAACUGACGAAUCUGUAUUUAACAAAGUAUUGAGUUUGCGCAGCAGGCCUCAGUUGAUUGCUACUUUUGCUGCCUAUGAAAAAAUUGCUGACCGAGAUAUUAUGGAUAGCAUCCAGCGAGAAACUUCUGGAGACUUGCAGAAAGCAUACUUAACCAUUGUGAAAAGCAUCAGAGAGAUGCACACUUACUUUUCUGAAAGUCUGUAUUACUCCAUGAAAGGUGCUGGCACUAAUGAUUCCACUUUGAUCCGUAUCAUUGUCAGUCGUUCAGAGAUUGACAUGGUCCAGAUUAAGGAAAAGUUCAAUGAAGUUUUAGGUAAAACUUUAGGCAGCUUCAUCAAAGGUGACUGCAGUGGUGAUUACAAGAAAGUUCUCUUGUCUCUUAUUGGUGAACCAAAGUAAAAUAAAUUCACCCUUUUAUAUCUACAUCUACCUAAAUCUAUCAAAAUGUAGAUGAUUUCAUAUAACCACUGAUAGUCAAUAUCUCUUUGCUAACAGCUGUUCCAAAUUUCGAAUUAUCACUGCUGACAUAUUGAAAUAUUUUAUCUCUCUCUCUCUCUCGUUAUAUUUCCAUCUCAUUAUCAUUAUUAAGUAACUUUACUUUAAAAUUUCCUAUCUUUUUGAAGAUUCUAUUGCAUUUACUGAAUAUUAAUUGAACCAUUACUUCAAAUUUAUAGAAAUAUUUCAAUAAAUCAUUCAUUUAGCUUA